AGGCAGACAACACACAAUGAACACAGACGAAGCAUACUCUAACGCCAACAUCAAGUCCAAUAAGGAUAAACUACAACAUGUUCAGGAUAUAACAUCGUUAGUUUUAGGAAUAGCAUCAGGAAUACUCACAUUGGAAUCAAUUCAUGGUUUCUUGUUGUAUGUAAUUGGACUCACAUUGGCCAAUGGGUUAUUUUAUGUCAUAUGCGGUGAGGGAAAGAUAGACAAGUACUUUAAGCUGCCGAUUCAAGAGGUUUUUGUUAGUGGGAUUGUUGGCAACAUGCCUGGAUUCGUUAUGAUGUGGUGUUUGGUCUAUGCCUUGGUAAGUACGUCGGCGUGAGCGUGUCCCGUUAGCUAGAGAAUCAAUUCGGGGGAAAGUCUGCAACUUAGUUGAAGGUAUAGAGUAUAAUUAGCGACUGUGAAUUGAUUGGGAUGGCACAAUAGGUAACAGAAUUGCAGUUCCUCAGAUGCUGUCUGGUGCUGCAACAAAGAAAGAUUUGCCCUACAAGUUUUUUUUUAUAUAUAUUAUUUUCAAUUGCUACAUUCCAGUAGGUUAAAAUAAUUCACAUUGCCAUUCCAGUUUACUUUGAUUAAAAGAAGUAAGUAUGUUUAAUGUAUUCGUUUACCAACCCCUAUUCCCAGGUCCUAUAGAUCUUAUGUAAUAUAAAUGUACAAAGUGUAAGUA